AUGAUAAUACGGCAUCUAGCACUGCGGCAAGGCCGCAGAGCCCUGACAUCGCAGCCAAUCCGCCGGUGGACACGCUUCUUCGCGUCCCAGGUCGACACCGUCGAGGCUUCAUUGCAGACGACGCUGGGGGAGAUCAGGAAGGUAGAAGCCUUUGUCAACAGCCGCAGCGACCACCCAGUGUCUCCCGUUGAUGCGGAUCCCUCCUCGACACCCGACAACGACGCCUCUCCAGAAGAAAAUCUCUCCAACCUCGGCUCCGAAAUCACACCUCACUACCAGCCUCAUACCCUCCUCACCAACCCUCCUUCUCCCUCGGAUAUAACACUCGAGCUCCUCCUCGCCUCCGGCGCCCAUCUUGGCCACAACACCUCUCUCUGGAACCCUGGAAACGCCAAGUACAUACACGGCAUCCGCGAUGGUGUCCACAUCUUGUCCCUUGAAACUACCGCAGCGCACCUCCGACGUGCCUGCAAGAUCGUCACCGAAGUAGCCCGGCGCGGUGGUCUAAUUCUAUUCGUUGGCACCAGGGCAGGACAGGACAGAUGCGUGGUGAAAGCUGCAGAGCUCGCAGGAGGCUGCCAUCUCUUUGACAGAUGGACCCCGGGCAGCAUCACCAACGGGCAGCAGAUCCUGGGAAACUGCCGCAUGAAGGUUGUAGACGAGCUUGACCGGGAAAUUCCAGACUUUGAGGAGCAAUUGCUGGAUAGGAGCGUGCUGAAGCCUGACCUGGUAGUCUGUCUGAAUCCGCUGGAGAACUAUGUUCUGCUGCAUGAGUGCGGGUUAAACAACAUCCCGACCAUCGGCAUCAUCGACACCAAUGCGGACCCGACGUGGGUCACGUAUCCAAUUCCAGCAAACGAUGAUAGUUUGAGAUGUGUACAGGUUAUAGCCGGUGUGCUAGGGCGAGCCGGAGAGGCAGGCAACAAGAUGAGAUUGGAGGCGGCGAGUCAGGGCGAGGUCACUUAUCAACCCGCGCAAGGGCUGAAGAUGCCGGCUGAAAAGAAGGAUGGAGAGGGGCAGGCAUCGAGUGGGAGUGCGCCAGUUUCCGAACUUGGGUUUUUGCAGACGCUCAUGUAA